GCAUAAUAUUAUCAAUAGAUAAACAAAAACAAACGUGACGUCGUAGAGAGCAGAAACGAAACAAAACAAAACUUCACAGCAGCAACUUCUUCUCUUCUUCUCAUUCCCCUCUCUCUCAUCUCCGGUUCAACCCCUCUCUCUCAUCCCAUCCGCCGUUUUCACUUUUUUCAAUUCUCUCAACACUUUUCAUUUCUCACGUCACGCACGCCAUUACCAUGAAAUUUCUCUCUCCCUUUUCUCUCUGAAAUUAACCGUCUCUUUCUCUCGCUCUUCGAAACGAAGGAGUGAGAAUUAGGUUGUUAUUGUUGCUGAAGACGAAGAAGACGAACAACAUCAACAACAAUGGAGUCGACUGAAUCUUCUUACGUCUCAUCUCCAGAAGGACCGAGGAAGCACGCUUCUUCGCCUCCUCCCGAAUCACCUCCUCAAGAUUCCGUGGAAAAACCAACAUAUGUUAGGUUUUUGGUAUCAAACUCUGCAGCUGGUUCUGUCAUUGGAAAGGGUGGUUCGACUAUCACUGAUUUUCAGUCACAAUCUGGAGCUCGAAUUCAGUUGUCACGCAAUAAUGAAUUCUUCCCUGGAACCACUGAUAGGAUUAUCAUGGUAUCUGGUGCUAUCAAUGAAGUACUACGGGCUGUAGAGCUCAUUCUUUCAAAGUUGCUCAGUGAGCUUCACAGUGAGGAAGACAAUGAUGUUGAACCAAAAACAAAAGUGAGACUCGUUGUUCCUAAUGGUUCUUGUGGUGGAAUAAUUGGCAAGGGAGGUGCUACCAUUAGGUCAUUCAUUGAAGACUCUCAAGCUGGCAUUAAAAUAUCUCCUCAAGAUAAUAGUUACUAUGGACAGAAUGAUAGGAUAGUGACAGUGACAGGAACUCUUGAUGAGCAGAUGCGUGCUGUUGAUUUAGUUGUUUCUAAAUUAGCUGAAGAUUCUCAUUAUUCACAGUCAAUGAAUACUCCGUUUUCAUAUUCUGGUGUUUAUGUCUCGGGUUAUCAAGGUGUUCCAUAUACAUAUGUGCUUCCAUCUGUUGCACCACCAGCAUACAACGGAGUGAAUUACAGACCUAAUGGUACUGGACCAAAAUUCCAGAACGGCAAGGAGGAUAGAAGCAACUCAAUGACCAUUGGCGUUGCAGAUGAGCAUAUAGGGUUGGUUGUUGGCCGUGGUGGAAGGAAUAUAUCUGACAUUAGUCAGGUUAGUGGAGCAAAGAUAAAGAUAUCAGAUAGGGGUGAUUACAUAUCUGGAACAACUGAUAGGAAAGUUACCAUAACAGGAUCACAGAGAUCAAUUCGUACGGCUGAAUCUAUGAUACUGCAGAAGGUUUCUUAUGCUACUGAGAGAGUGGUGGAGUAGUAUGGAAGUUCAUCUGUCUACUGUUAGAUUCUUGGUGAAAGUUCUUGCUACUGCUCAUACAUUUGCUGAAUUUUGGGAUUUGUUUACAUAAACUACUGUCAUUUUAUAUACUUAUGGAGUUUAUUGUAGUGGGAGAGGGCAUGUUUUUUUUUCUUAAACUUAGAUCGUUCUUACAGGAUUUCUUCUCAAACCCAUUCAAACGAUAAUAUCUAUUGGAAAAGGGCUUUCAUGCAUUUUCCAAAUGUAGUCUUUAGAUCUAGUAUAUUCUUUUGUUGUAAGUCAACAGUUGCUAAUAUCAUACUGAGAGGACAGUCCUUAUCCUAGUAGCGGUUGACUUGUAUCUUCAAUUACUGGCCUGAGAUAGGAUCUGAAACUUGUUUAAUUGCAGUUGCCGCAACUGAGAAUUAAGAAUUCAUUUGUGAGUUGUCAAAACCCCAA